AUGCAGACCCAUCCUUUUAACUUCACGCAACAAUGCUUUUUCCUGCUUUUACUGGUGUGUGGAUGGAGCUGGACAGCUUGCGCUCUUGGGGAGGGCUGGAAAAUUUGGCAACAGCAAAAACCGGAUCACAUCUCACGAGACCAAGUUUUUUUACAUGACACUUUUCCCACUGAUUUCCUAUGGGCAACUGGAACAUCUGCUUUUCAAACAGAAGGAGCCUGGGAGCAAGAUGGGAAAGGAAUCUCCAUUUGGGACAAUUUCACUCAUUCCAGAUUUGGUGGCUCUGCGGACAUUGCAAGUGACAGCUAUGUGCAAUGGGAAGAAGAUGUCAAAGCUCUAACAUUUCUAGGCAUAAAGGCAUAUACAUUUUCACUAUCCUGGCCACGACUUUUUCCAAAUGGGGAUGCCCAAAAUAAACCCAAUUUGGCAGGUGUAAGACACUACAAUCGCCUUAUCGACAAACUAUUGGAAAACAAUAUUGAGCCCAUUGUAACUCUGUAUCACUGGGACCUGCCACAAAUGUUACAGGAACAGUAUGGUGGAUGGAGGAAUGAAACUUUAAUUGAACUUUUUGAAGAAUAUGCUUCAUUUUGCUUUCAAACAUUUGGAGAUAAAGUCAAAUAUUGGCUCACGAUGCAUAAUCCAUAUUUAAUGGCCGUACAGGGAUAUGGUACAGGUAUCCAUGCACCUGGAGAGACUGGAGGGGAUUUAAGUGCUCUGAAAGUUGCACACAAUAUGAUUAAGGCACAUUCCAGAGCUUGGCACAAAUACAACACCCAUUUCCGCCCACAUCAGAGGGGGGAGGUGUCCAUUGUUCUGGGGUCCCACUGGGUCGAGCCCCAAAGAGCCACAGAGGCAAAUGUUGAACUUUGCCAGGCGUCAAUGGAGGCUGUUCUGGGCUGGUUUGCCAAUCCUAUAUUUGGAGAUGGUGACUAUCCAUUAUCUCUAAAGUUAAAACAUGGCACUGCUCUUCCCACCUUUACCGAAGAAGAGAAGUUAUGGGUGAGAAACACGGCAGACUUUUUUGCUUUGUCCUUUGACCCUAAAAAUCUGCGUCUGGGGCGGACCCAGGCCCAGUACGGACAGAGUGUGACUCCAGACCUGAGAAGAGUCCUCACGUGGAUCAAACUGCAGUAUGAAGACCCUCUGGUGCUGGUGGCUGAGGCGGGCUGGUUAUCUGACGCCAGUGAAACAACAGAGAACACUGUGGCCUUAUACCUGAUGAAGAGAUUUGUCAACCAGGUCCUACAAGCCAUUAGGUUUGAUGGAGUCCAAGUGAUGGGCUACACAGCGUGGUCUCUCCUGGAUGGAUUUGAAUGGGAGUAUGGUUAUGAUAUAAGACGAGGACUUUUUUACAUUGACUUCUCUGAUCCCGAGCGAAACAGGAGCCCCAAAACAUCUGCACUGUACUACAGGGAGAUUAUUGCCCAGAAUGGUUUCCCUCAAGACAAAACCUCUCCAGAGAUCAAGGCACAUUUCCCAUGCGAUUUUCAUUGGGGAAUUGCUGAUCCAACUUUACAAUUCACCGACCCACAGCUGUACAUGUGGAACGUAUCCGGAGAUGGGUCCCUCCUCCCCGUCCCAGGAGUGAGGCUCCACACAAGACCCUCCCAGUGCACCAGUUAUUUGGCCAUUCGAAAUCAUCUACAUCUGUUUGCCUCCACUGGGGCAUCUCACUAUAGAUUUGCCCUGAACUGGUCUCUAAUUUUACCCCAAGGUGACCUGUCUAAUGUGAACACAGCCGCACUCAGGUACUACUGCUGCAUGUUGUCUGAGCUCACAAAGAUGAACUUGAAAGCUGUUGUUGUCCUGUAUUACCCCUCACACAGUGCUCCUAACUGGGGUCUCCCUGUGCCUUUGCAAAUCUCUGGGGGCUGGCUCAACUACAGCACAGUGGAGGCAUUUCGGGACUAUGCUUCACUUUGCUAUAAAGAGCUGGGGCCAUGGGUUCAGUACUGGAUCACAAUCAAUGAGCCUAAUAGACUUAUAGAUGUCUACAGUAGUGGGAGAGAUAAACAUCAAGUGGCACAUAACCUGCUUCUGGCUCACUCAAAAGCUUGGAGAUUGUAUGAAGAGAAAUACUCAACACAGCAGAAAGGGUUGGUGUCAUUGGCUCUGCAUGCAGACUGGGCUGAGCCUGCCAAUCCAUUUCUACAGUCCAAUAUUGAAGCUGCUCAAAGAUUUCUUGUAUUUGAGCUAGCCCGAUUUCUAGACCCUCUACUUGGGAACAAAUAUGAGAGACAACAAGACAGAGGGGGAUAUCCAAAUGAAAUAAAGACAUUUCUAGCACAAGCCGGUCUCCAAGGAUCUUCUCUUCCCAAUUUUACUGAAACUGAAAAGAAUGAACUUAAAGGAGCAUUGGGGUUUAUUGCCUUGAACCACUUUACAACACGUUUAGUCUCUCCUUACUCCCCAAAGCAGCCCAGACCAGCGCCAGAUCAUAACUGCAGAACUCUAACUGAUCCUACGUGGGCUACGUCAAAGCAGGGGCAGGCUGUGGUCCCAUGGGGACUGAGGAGCAUUUUAAACUGGGUGACCAAAAGAUAUGGAAGAGAUUUGCCCAUCAUUGUCACUGGCAGUGGGAUAGAUGACCAGGCUGCUGUGGAUGAUAAACUCAGACAGUACUAUGUAAAGAGCUACUUACAGGAGGCUCUAAAAGCUCACCAUGUAGAUGGAGUCAACCUACAUGGCUUUUACGUGUGGAGGUUAGAAGAUCGACAUUCUCCUAAUUUUGGCCUGUUCUCGUCCACCUCUCACCAGUCUAAAGCCAAGGUCUCUGUAUCUGUUUACAAAGACAUUAUAGCCCAAAGGGGGUUCCCUGAGAGUGCUACAGUUCAAAUGUGUCACUUGAAUGAGCAGCAGGAAAUCUGUUCAAAAGCAUGA